AUGGCACAGACACUGCUGGUACCAUCAGGACCUGACAGUUUCCGCUUUUUUACUAGAGAAUCUCUUGCAGCUAUUGAAAAACGGUGCACAGAAGAAAAAGCGAAAAGGCCCAAACAAGAACAUAGGGAUAAUGUUGAUGAGAAUGGGGCAAAACCAAAUGGUGACUUGGAAGCAGGAAAAACACUUCCUUUUAUAUAUGGCGAUAUUCCUCCUGGAAUGGUGUCUGAACCAUUGGAGGAUCUGGACCCUUACUAUAGCAAUAAACAAACCUUCAUUGUGUUGAAUAGAGGGAAGGCAAUUUUCCGAUUCAGUGCCACAUCUGCCUUGUACAUUUUAACCCCUUUCAAUCCUCUCAGAAAAAUUGCUAUUAAAAUUUUGGUACAUUCAUUAUUCAGCAUGCUUAUUAUGUGCACUAUUUUGACCAACUGUGUAUUUAUGACCAUGAGUAAUCCUCCAGAAUGGACAAAGAAUGUAGAGUACACAUUCACUGGAAUUUAUACCUUUGAAUCACUUACAAAAAUCCUUGCAAGGGGCUUUUGUUUAGAAGGAUUUACUUUUCUUCGAGAUCCCUGGAACUGGCUUGACUUCAGUGUCAUUUUGAUGGCGUAUGUAACAGAAUUUGUAAACCUAGGCAAUGUUUCAGCUCUUCGAACUUUCAGAGUAUUGAGAGCUUUGAAAACUAUUUCUGUAAUCCCAGGUAAGGAGUGUUUGAUGAAGGGCCAGACCCCUGGUAUUUUCAGCUGUUUUUUGUGUGUUGUCAUUGUGUUUGUGUGUGAACUCCCCUAUUACAGAUAUGUGACAGAGUUUGUGGACCUGGGCAAUGUCUCAGCGUUGAGAACAUUCAGAGUUCUCCGGGCAUUGAAAACAAUAUCAGUCAUUCCAGGCCUGAAGACAAUUGUAGGGGCCCUCAUUCAAUCUGUGAAGAAGCUCUCAGAUGUCAUGAUCCUCACCGUGUUCUGUCUGAGUGUAUUUGCACUAAUAGGGCUCCAACUUUUCAUGGGGAACCUGAGGCACAAAUGCUUGCUGUGGCCAUUGGACAAUUCUACUUUUGAAGGAAAUAUCACUUCCCACUUCAAUAGUACAGAGGGAGAAAAUGAUACCUAUGUAAAUAUGACAGUGACCACUUUUAACUGGAAGGAGUACAUUGAGGAUGAAAGUCAUUUUUAUGUUUUGGAAGGACAAAGAGAUGCACUUCUUUGUGGUAAUAGCUCAGAUGCUGGCCAUUGCCCAGAAGGAUAUGUGUGUAUAAAAGCUGGUAGAAACCCCAACUACGGCUACACAAGCUUUGACACCUUCAGCUGGGCCUUCUUAUCACUCUUUCGGCUGAUGACUCAGGACUUCUGGGAAAAUCUUUACCAACUGACUCUGCGUGCUGCUGGCAAAACAUACAUGAUCUUUUUUGUCCUGGUGAUUUUCUUGGGUUCUUUCUACCUGAUCAACUUGAUCCUGGCUGUUGUUGCCAUGGCCUACGAAGAGCAGAAUCAAGCCACCAUGGAAGAAGCUGAGCGGAAAGAGGCAGAAUUCCAGCAGAUGCUGGAACAGCUGAAAAAACAGCAAGAAGAGGCUCAGUUUUCAUAUGUGAUUGGAAUCCCCAACAUGACUGGAGUUCAUAUUCAUGUACACAUUGGCUACUCUCACCUUCCGCUGCCUGAUAUGUGGAAAGCAGUUGAGAUAAACACAAUGUUGGCAUUCAAGAAAAUAAGGGGAGGUCGCUUGUCCUAUGAAAAGAGAACCUCAACUCACCAGUCUUUGCUGAGCUUUCGUGGCUCCCUGUUUUCCCCGCGACGCAGUAGCAGAACAAGUAUUUUCAGCUUCCGAGGGAGAGCAAAAGAUAUUGGCUCAGAGAAUGACUUUGCUGAUGAUGAACACAGCACUCUUGAAGACAAUGAGAGCCGGAGAGAUUCUCUCUUUGUUCCAAACAGACAAACAAGUGAGCGUCGCAACAGCACUAGCAGUCAAAUCAGCCUGUCAUCAAAGAUGGUGCCGGUGCUUCCUGCCAAUGGGAAGAUGCACAGCACAGUGGAUUGCAAUGGCGUUGUUUCCUUAAUGGGAGGACCUCCUGCACUCCCUUCACCUACUGGACAGUUUUUACCAGAGGGUACAACAACUGAAACAGAAAUAAGAAAAAGAAGAUUAAGCUCUUAUCACAUUUCUAUGGAACUGAUGGAAGAAUCUGCAGUAAGGCAGAGAGCCAUGAGUAUAGCCAGCAUCCUUACAAAUACUAUGGAAGAACUUGAAGAAUCCCGGCAGAAGUGUCCGCCAUGCUGGUAUAGAUUUGCAAAUGUUUUCUUGAUUUGGGAUUGCUGGAGCCCUUGGUUAAACGUAAAGCACAUUAUGAAUUUGAUAGUGACGGAUCCAUUUGUCGAUCUUGCUAUUACUAUUUGCAUAGUUUUGAAUACACUGUUUAUGGCCAUGGAACAUUACCCAAUGACUUCUGAUUUCUACCAAGUACUUUCAGUGGGAAAUCUGGUUUUCACUGGGAUCUUCACUGCAGAAAUGAUCUUCAAAAUAAUUGCCAUGGAUCCUUAUUAUUAUUUCCAAGAAGGCUGGAAUAUUUUUGAUGGCAUCAUAGUCAGCUUGAGUUUGAUGGAGUUGGGUCUUGCAAAUGUGGAAGGACUGUCAGUCCUAAGAUCCUUCAGACUGCUUCGUGUUUUCAAAUUAGCAAAAUCCUGGCCAACGUUAAAUAUGCUGAUCAAAAUUAUUGGCAACUCUGUGGGUGCUUUGGGAAAUCUGACUUUGGUCCUGGCCAUCAUUGUCUUCAUUUUUGCUGUGGUUGGUAUGCAGCUCUUUGGUAAAAGCUACAAGGAAUGUGUGUGCAAGAUUGCAGAAGAUUGUGAACUCCCUCGUUGGCACAUGAAUGAUUUUUUCCACUCUUUCUUGAUCGUGUUCCGAGUUCUUUGUGGAGAAUGGAUAGAAACCAUGUGGGACUGUAUGGAGGUUGCAGGCCAAUCCAUGUGCCUUAUUGUUUUCAUGUUGGUCAUGGUGAUUGGGAAUUUAGUGGUAUUAAACCUGUUUCUAGCCUUGCUCCUGAGCUCCUUCAGUUCAGACAAUCUUGCUGCUACUGAUGAUGAUAAUGAGACGAACAAUCUCCAGAUUGCUGUGGCGAGGAUUCAGAAAGGAAUAGAUUACAUUAAGAAAACAUUGGGAGAAGUUGUCCAAAAAAGCACAAAGCCAAAAGCCAUAGAUGAUAUCAAAGUCCUUGAAGAACUAAACCACAAGAAAGAUGUCUACAUUUCCAACCACACCAUGGUUGAAAUAACUAAGGAAGUUCAUUAUCUGAGAGAUGGAAAUGGAACGACCAGUGGUGUAGGAACAGGCAGCAGUGUGGAAAAAUAUAUUAUUGAUGAAAAUGAUUACAUGUCAUUUAUAAACAAUCCAGGCCUUACUGUAACUGUACCGAUUGCAGUUGGAGAGUCAGAUUUUGAAAAUAUAAACACAGAAGAAUUUAGCAGUGAAUCUGACCUGGAAGGAAGCAAAGAGAAGAUAAAUGACACCAGUUCAUCUGAAGGCAGUACUGUGGAUGUUGCCCUGCCAGGAGAGGGGGAGCAGGCAGAGAUCGAACCCGAAGAAGCUCUUGAGCCUGAAGCCUGUUUCACAGAAGGCUGCAUCCAAAAGUUCCCAUGUUGUCAAGUGAGUAUAGAAGAUGGCAAAGGAAAAAUCUGGUGGAAUUUUAGAAAAACCUGCUACAGCAUUGUUGAACAUAACUGGUUUGAAACAUUCAUUGUAUUUAUGAUUCUCCUCAGCAGUGGUGCUCUGGCCUUUGAAGACAUAUAUGUUGAACAGCGUAAGACUAUCAAGACAGUGCUGGAAUAUGCAGACAAGGUCUUCACGCACAUUUUCAUUCUAGAAAUGCUUUUGAAGUGGGUGGCCUAUGGCUUCCAGAUUUAUUUCACAAAUGCCUGGUGUUGGCUGGAUUUUUUAAUUGUUGAUGUUUCAUUGGUCAGUUUAAUAGCCAAUGCACUAGGCUAUUCUGAAUUAGGGGCCAUUAAAUCACUUCGAACACUAAGAGCAUUGAGGCCUUUAAGAGCUCUGUCACGGUUUGAAGGAAUGAGGGUGGUUGUUAAUGCCCUUAUUGGAGCAAUUCCCUCCAUUAUGAAUGUGCUUCUGGUUUGUCUCAUAUUUUGGCUGAUCUUUAGUAUCAUGGGUGUGAAUCUCUUUGCUGGCAAGUUCUACCAUUGCGUUAAUACCACAACGGGUGAAAUGUUCAACGUCAGCGAUGUCAACAAUAAAACGGAAUGUGAUGAGCUCAUACACAACAAUCAGCAAGCCCGAUGGAAAAACGUAAAAGUUAACUUUGAUAACGUUGGGGCUGGUUAUCUUGCUCUGCUUCAAGUUGCAACUUUUAAAGGCUGGAUGGAUAUUAUGUAUGCAGCUGUUGAUUCACGGAAUGUAGAAGACCAACCCUAUUAUGAGGACAACUUAUAUAUGUAUCUUUAUUUUGUUAUCUUCAUAAUCUUUGGAUCAUUUUUUACCUUAAACCUCUUCAUUGGUGUCAUUAUAGAUAAUUUCAAUCAGCAAAAAAAGAAGUUUGGAGGACAAGACAUUUUUAUGACAGAGGAACAGAAAAAAUAUUACAAUGCAAUGAAAAAGCUGGGCUCCAAAAAACCACAAAAGCCGAUACCGAGACCAGGGAAUAAAUUUCAAGGAAUAGUCUUUGACUUUGUAACCAGACAAGCCUUUGAUAUCAGUAUCAUGAUUCUUAUUUGCCUUAAUAUGGUCACCAUGAUGGUUGAAACAGAUGACCAAAGUAAAGAAAUGGAAAUUAACUUAUCCAGGAUUAACCUGGUAUUCAUAGUUCUUUUCACUGGAGAAUGUAUACUCAAAAUGAUUUCACUUCGUCAUUAUUAUUUUACCAUUGGCUGGAAUAUUUUUGAUUUUAUCGUUGUCAUUCUCUCCAUUGUAGGAAUGUUCCUUGCAGAGAUUAUUGAGAAAUACUUUGUGUCCCCCACUUUGUUCCGAGUAAUUCGACUUGCCCGGAUAGGUCGAAUCCUGCGUCUAAUCAAGGGCGCAAAAGGGAUCCGCACUCUGCUUUUUGCCUUGAUGAUGUCUCUCCCUGCCUUGUUCAACAUUGGUCUCCUCCUUUUCCUGGUCAUGUUCAUCUUUGCCAUAUUUGGAAUGUCCAACUUUGCCUACGUGAAGAGAGAAGUUGGCAUUGAUGACUUGUUCAACUUUGAAACUUUUGGCAACAGCAUGCUCUGCCUCUUUCAGAUCACCACCUCCGCUGGCUGGGAUGGCCUGCUAGCGCCCAUCCUGAACAGCGGGCCUCCAGACUGCGACCCGGAGAUAGACCACCCGGGUAGCUCAGUCAAGGGAGACUGUGGCAAUCCUUCGGUGGGGAUUUUCUUCUUCGUCAGCUACAUUAUCAUCUCAUUUUUAGUUGUAGUGAACAUGUACAUUGCUGUCAUUUUGGAGAACUUCAGCGUCGCUACCGAAGAAAGUGCUGAGCCUUUGAGCGAGGAUGAUUUUGAGAUGUUCUAUGAGGUCUGGGAAAGGUUUGAUCCGGAUGCAUCCCAAUUUAUGGAAUAUAGUAAACUCUCUGAUUUUGCUGCUUCGUUGGAUCCUCCUCUUCUGAUUGCAAAACCAAACAAAGUCCAGCUAAUUGCGAUGGACCUGCCCAUGGUGAGUGGUGAUAGAAUUCACUGCCUUGACAUCUUGUUUGCCUUUACAAAGCGUGUUUUGGGAGAAAGCGAAGAAAUGGAUUUACUGCGAGUGCAAAUGGAAGAGCGCUUCACGGCAGCCAAUCCAUCAAAGCUUUCAUAUGAACCAAUCACCACCACAUUAAAGCGGAAGCAGGAGGAGGUGUCCGCUACCAUCAUUCAACGGACUUUCAAGCGUUUCGUCCUGAAACAGAAAGUUAAAAAAGCAACUUCUAUGUACAAUAAAGAAAAAUGCAGAGAUGGCGACCUCCUACCAAUCAAAGACAUGACCUCUGAUAGGUUGAAUGGGAAUUCCAGUCCAGAGAAAACAGAUGAGAGCUCCUCAACCACCUCUCCCCCUUCCUAUGAUAGUGUUACUAAGCCAAACAAAGAGAAAUAUGAAAAGGGCAAAAGAGACAGAGACUUUAAAGGUAAAGAUAGAAGGAUUAGCAAAAAGUGA